UUUUACAAAUACAGAAAUUCAAAGGAAGAAAAUGAAAACUACCUGAAUCUCAUCCUUUAGUGACAGUUACUGUUGACACCUGUUUUAUUUCCUUUAUUUCCUCACUUCCAUACAGUUGAGGAAGCUGAGGUAGGGAGACACGAGGAAACCUUCCCAAGGUCAUGGGGCUUCCAGGAGCAGAGUUGAGAGUUGAACUCAGGGCACUGACAGAGCCUGUCCCAUCAGGUUGCUGUGAGGUCUAAAGGGGCUGGUGCACGCCAAGGGCACCCACUGUGCACAGGGGUCAGUAAAAGGAUGGGGCUCAACAGGGAAAGAGGGAGGUGGCCCUCAGGUUGGUUUUUAUGCUGACCUUGUGUGUCCAGAGCAGAAGAAUGGAGGCCAAUGCCACGUCCACCGCCGGGCUCACAGCCAUACCCGAGGGACUGCUCCGACUAGUCUUUGCUGGGGUCUGCGGCCUCAUCCUGCUCGUGGGGCUGCUGGCCAAUGGACUGAUGCUGCUGGUGGUGGGUCGGGGCCCGUGCGCCCCCCGCCCACUCCUCGCCCUGACCAACAGCCUCAUGGUGAACAUCACACUGUCUGACUUGCUCUUCCUGGCCUGCGUGGUGCCCGUGCUCCUGCUGAGCUUCUUGCGGCGUGACUGGUGGCUGGGUCCCACCGUCUGCACCACCAGCCAGGCUGCCAACAACGCCACCAUGUUCUGUACCUUCUACAGCAUGGUAGCCACAGCUCUUCUGCGCCAUGUGGCAGUGGCCCGGCCUGACGUGGCCCUUCCAUCCAGCCCAGGCACCCGCCUGCUGCUCUGUGGGACCAUGUGGGUCUUGGGCCUCACUGCGUCGCUGCCCAACUGGUUGUUCCAGCAAGUGGUAGUGGAGGAGGAGGGCCAGGCCUGCCUCUUGCUCCUGAACCCUGCUCAGACCUCCUGCUACUUCACCCUACUGGGAGCCCUGGCCUUCCUGCCUUGUGUGCUGGGGCUGGGCUGCUCUUUCAGCCACGUGGGCUGGCUCCUGUGGACACAGCCCCGUGGCCCCAUGGGAGAGAGCAUCCGGGAGCACCAGGAAAACACAGGGCUCAUCCUUGUAGUGUUGGUGGUCUUUGUGCUGAUGUGGGGGCCCUGCUCAGUGCUGGGCUAUGUGGCAGCUGUGGGUGACCUGCCUGCCACACCAAUGGCUUUUGUGGCAUCCAGCUUCUGCACCAUCCUGGCCUACUCCAACUGUGCUGUCAGCCCCAUCCUUUGCUUCUACCUCUCCCGCCCCUUCCGUGCAGGACUCAGGGACCUCUUCUGCAAGCAGGUGGCAGCCAGGCACCCCAGAGGUGUGGAAGGGGCUGGUAUGGUGAUGGAGAGUGUCCGGCCUGGACAUGGCAGGGCCCAAGGAGGCCUAUGGGAUCUAGCAGGUGUCUGAAAGGAUAGGCUGAUAAGAGGGCUGAGAUUCAAGAGAGAAAGGAAGAUCCCUAAUGAUAUUA